AACUUCCAAGGCAAAGUAGAAAAAUGUCUGUUCAAUCUUCAGUAGUGCUUCUUGCUCAAUCUCAAAAUGCCACCCCCGCAGUUGCCCGGCGCUGUGCAAAUUUUCAUCCUAGCAUUUGGGGACACCGAUUUCUUUCAUAUGCUUCCGAAUUCACAAACGCUAAUCCUUAUUUAGAGCAACAAGUUCAACAACUGAAAGAGGAAGUGAGGAUGCUGUUAAUCACUGCAGCUGAUGAUUCCGAGCAAAAGUUACACUUGAUUGAUGCAAUCCAACGGCUAGGCCUGGCUUACCAUUUUGAGAGUGAGAUUGAUGAAGCAUUACAGCACAUGUUCGAUGGUUACGUUAUCUCUGCUGAAAAAGAUGAUGAUGUUCAUACUGCUGCUCUCUGAUUUCGGUUACGAAGACAACAAGGGUACAAUGUUUCAUGUGAUGUAUUCAACAAGUAAGAAUCCCUCAACAGUGAUGUGCGGGGGAUGUUAAGCUUGUAUGAAGCUACACAUCUCAGGGUACAUGGAGAAGACAUAUUAGAUGAAGCACUUGCUUUCAACACCACUCGCCUUCGGUCCGUGGCAAAGUACUCAUCAAAUCCUCUUGCUGAACAAGUAGAUCAUGCCCUAAAGCAGCCCAUCCGAAAGGGGUUACCUAGGCUAGAGGCUAGGCAUUAUUUUUCAAUAUACCAAGCGGAUGAUUCUCAUAAUAAAGCUCUGCUGAAGCUAGCAAAGUUAGAUUUCAACCUAUUACAGAAAUUACACCAGAAGGAGCUAAGUGAUAUUGCUGCGUGGUGGAAAAAUUUAGACUUUGCACACAAGCUUCCUUUUGCAAGAGAUCGAGUAGUGGAGUGCUACUUUUGGAUAUUGGGGGUGUACUUUGAGCCCCAGUUUUUCUUGGCUAGAAGGAUACUGACUAAAGUAAUAGCCAUGACUUCCAUUAUUGAUGACAUCUAUGACGUGUAUGGUACACUCGAAGAACUCGAGCUCUUCACUGAAGCAGUUGAGAGGUGGGAUAUCAGUGCCAUAGAUCAACUACCAGAGUACAUGAGAGUGUGCUAUCGAGCACUCUUAGAUGUAUACAGUGAAAUUGAGGAAGAAAUUGCCAAGGAAGGAAGAUCAUAUCGGUUCUACUAUGCGAAAGAAGCAAUGAAAAAUCAAGUCAGAGCAUAUCAUGAGGAAGCCAAAUGGCUUCAAGUACAACAAAUACCAACCAUGGAGGAGUAUAUGCAUGUGGCAUUAGUUACCUCUGCAUACUCAAUGCUGGCGACCACAUCUUUUGUCGGAAUGGGAGAUGCCGUGACAGAAGAAACUUUCGAUUGGGUCUUCAGUCAACCUAAGAUUGUCAGGGCUUCAGCAAUAAUUUGCAGGCUCAUGGAUGACAUGGUUUCUCAUAAGUUUGAACAAAAAAGAGGACAUGUUGCCUCAGCUGUUGAAUGUUACAUGAAGCAACAUGGUGCCUCGGAGCAGGAAACACACAAGGAAUUUAAUAAACAAGUAAGAGAUGCAUGGAAGGAUAUCAAUGAAGAGUGCCUCAUGCCAACAGCUGUUCCAAUGACCGUUCUAAAUCUUGCCCGUGUUAUAGAUGUUAUAUACAAGAACGAAGAUGGCUAUACUCAUUCUGAGACCAUUCUAAAAGAUAUUAUAACCUCCAUGCUAAUAGAUGCGGUGCCAAUAUGA